AAUAGCAAAGUUUUAUCAAUAGUGUGGUGAUAGUUCGUAGCGGAAAAUUAGUAAUAUUUUUUAGUCCGUUAUGUGGCCUAUUGUACUACUAGUUUUAGGAAUAUUUAUUCCAAUCUCUAGUGCUGAAAAGAAAAUUGUGUGUUAUGUUGGCACUUGGUCGGUGUAUAGACCAGGUCGUGGUCGUUUCGAUAUCGAGAACAUCAACCCAUUUUUGUGUACUCACCUCAUUUACGGAUUUUUCGGAAUAAACGAAGACGGUACAAUACGGAUCAUUGGCCCGUACUUGGACUUGGAGGAAAACUGGGGUCGAGGUCACAUCAAACGUUUUAAUGCGCUCAAAGUAGUGAAUCCUACACUGAAAACAUUGGCUGCCGUAGGAGGUUGGAACGAAGGAUCCCGGAAAUUCUCGUCUGUUGCGACAAAACGUCCACUACGGCAGACAUUCAUUCAGGAUGCAAUCGAUUUUUGUAAACGGCACAAUUUUGAUGGCGUGGAUCUUGACUGGGAAUAUCCGGCACAGCGGGAUGGAAACGAGACAAUCGAUAAGGAAAAUCAUGCAAUAUGGCUCGAUGAAAUUCGAAGUGCUUUCGAUCGCGAAGGUUUGAUCCUGAGUGCAGCUGUUGCCUCAGCACAAUUUUCCGCGGAGAAGUCUUACGACAUCAAAAGAGUUUCAGCUGCUUUACACUUUCUGAGCAUUAUGACCUAUGAUAUGCAUGGUGCCUGGGAUAACCAUUGUGGUUUGAAUUCACCUUUGUAUGAAGGAUCGGCAGACAAGACCGACAUACAAAAGCAGUUGAACAUUCACAUUCACGCAAGUAUUCACUAUUGGCUUUCACAAGGCACUCCGAGGGAGAAAAUAAUAUUGGGUAUUCCACUGUACGGCAGAUCUUUUACCCUCGUCAACCCUGCCGAUAGCCACAUUGGUGCUGCCACGACUGGUCCUGGCAUUGCAGGUCAAUACUCCCAGGAGCCAGGAGUGAUGGGCUAUAACGAAUUCUGCGAGAAGCAACAAUCAGAACAGUGGCAGAUUCACUUCAACGAAGAACAAAAGGGCGUUUUUGCUACUAGCGGAAAUCAAUGGGUUGGUUAUGAGAAUCCGGAAACGAUCGCACUAAAGAUGGAAUAUCUUUUGAAUUUGGACCUCGGCGGAGCAAUGGUAUGGUCUUUGGAAAGUGACGAUUUCCUGGGUGUGUGCAACGAUUCAAAUUAUGUCUUGAUGAACACCAUAUACCGUUCUUUCCACAACGGCACUGAAGCACCUGCUGUACCUACUACCCCUGCAACAUCUACUACGACAUCGAAUUCGGCAUCUGCAACUCCUAAUGAAUGUUCUACAGAGGGGAUAUAUCCGAGUCCAAACUCGUGUCAAGAAUACUAUGUUUGCACCAGCGAUGGUCGACGUUUCAACUUUUCCUGUCCAGAUGGAUUAUGGUUUGACCCGGUGUUUAAUUUUUGUAACUGGCCCGAACAAGUCAAUUGUGAUUCAUUUGAGACGAUUUAUGAUAUUAUCGUACUGACAAUUUUCGAGCCGAGUCUUUCCGCUCCCGGUCAAAAACGGAUUCAAUCCGAUACAGUUUCAGCUAGUGGCGAACCAGAUGGCCCAGAUCAAAAACUCCGUCGUUGCAUUUUAGUGCCAGUGACAAAAACUUCCACCACGAGGAAAGGCGAAUCGAACCUCAAUCAAAACCCUAACCUCACAAUGGAGAUCCAAUGCGAUACCGCAAAUAGCUUCGAUGUUCUCAACACGUGGAAUUCAGAAGAAAUACCAGUAAUUCCUCAGAAAACUGGACGAUCAAAACGUAAAGAUAAAAUCCCACUGAUUACGCUGACCGACUCAAACAUUCCGGAUGCACAAGGUAAAGUUCUUGCCGCUGGAGUUUCCAUGUACAGCCUUAAACGAACGUCUAUAGGCGUGAACAUUUACAUUUUCGCCUUGGAUGAUUUCAAAAAGUUAAUAACUUUUCUAAAAGAUCGAAAAGUAAACUUCUUCACAUACGUGCUUGAAGAAGAACGCAUCACAAAAAUCGUGUUAUCAGGUCUCCCAGACCUGGACAUAGCUGAAGUCACAGCCGCCCUCAAAGAUGUCGAUAUACAUCCAUCUGAUGUGAAGAAGAUGACCUUGAAGAAAAAACGAUACGAUGAUCAAGCGCUAUAUCUACUUCUCUUUCCGAAGAAUAAAGUACAAUUGAUCCAAAGCAUCCUGGACAAAUGUAAUAGGCGCGACAAUGUACUUGUUGUAGGUGAUUAUAAUCUUCCUAAUCUUCGGUGGAUUUUUGAUGACGAUUAUAAGUGCUACCUUCCUGAGAAUGCAACCACGGAACAAGAGACGGCCAUCACAGAAACUUUGGUCGCUGGUGGCUUGUACCAAAUCUGCUCUGUUAGCAACGUGAAUGGACGGACCCUCGAUUUAGCUUUCGUUAAUGACACGGACGUGUUUGAACUGAUUGAGCCUCCCACAUCUAUACUGAAGGUUGACCCUCACCAUAAACCCUUCGUUUUAAGAUUUGAUGUGCGUUCUGACGACGAUGAAGCUUUUGAUACAAUUAACGACGACUUCAAUUUUGACUUUACUCGAUGCAACUUCGAUGAAGUCUCAAUGGCCAUUGGUGCACUCAAUUGGCAUGAGAUGCUGGUUGGAAAUGACUUAGAUCAGGCAGUUGUGGCGUUCUAUGAUGCCAUAUAUGAGAUUCUUCGCCCACUGGACUCUGUUGUGCUUCAAGACGAUAUAGCCAAUAUAGAGGAAUGGUGUUUGCUGAACGGUAUGCAGAUCAACAUUGAUAAAUCAUUGUGUACCCACUACAUCUACUCAUUUUUCGGAGUAAACAACGAUGGAACGAUAGCUAUUUUAGAUUCUUGGUUAGACCUACCAGAUGGCUUGAAUUUUAUCGGAAAGUUUAACAACCUCAAGCAAGCUAAUCCUGCAUUGAAAACGUUGGCAGCCAUUGGUGGCUGGAACUGGGGAUCGGCUAAAUUUUCAACAGUAGCCAAAAGCGCCACGCUGAGAAGCGCCUUGCUACAGGCACGAAUUUUCUGUCAAAAAUAUGGAUUCGAUGGAAUCGACAUUGACUGGGAAUAUCCGGCUCAACGGGAUGGUGACCCAUCUGUUGACAAAGCGAAUUUCGUUCUCAUGUUAAAUGAACUGAAAAAAGAAUUCAGUAACUAUGGGCUUCUGUUAACUGUGGCAGUGGCAGCAGCUGGUAAUUCUGCCGCACUUUCGUAUGAUAUUCCUGGAAUAUCCGCCGUUGUUGACUACAUAAACUUAAUGGAGUAUGAUUUUCAUGGUUCUUACGACGGUAUAACCGGUGAAAAUGCUCCAUUGUAUGCUGGAUCGGCAGAUAUAACUGCGAUACAAAAACAACUUAAUGUUGACAGUAGUGUUAAAUAUUGGCUAAAUCAAGGAGCUCCGGCAUCAAAACUGAAUUUGGGAAUGCCAUUGUAUGGUAGAACAUACACCCUGACGGAUGCCAAUCAGAAUGGUAUUGGAGCACCAGUGUCUGGUGCCGGAACUGCCGGUACAUACACACAGGAAGCAGGAUUUUUGGGCUAUAAUGAGAUUUGCGAGAAGAAGCUCACUGGUACAUGGACGGAUAAAUGGGACAAUGUCCAAAUGGUUCCUUAUGCCUACAGCGGAAACCAAUGGAUUGGGUAUGAUAAUGCUCGAAGCAUUUUAGCGAAGUGUAACUUGAUAAAAACAUAUGGUUUAGCUGGAGGUAUGUUCUGGUCCAUAGAUACCGAUGAUUUUCUUGGAAAGUGUGGUACUAAAUUCGAAUUAACCACCGCUCUGAAGAAUUGUCUAGCAUCGUCUAACAACCCCACAACUACAACCGCUAAAACCACAACACUAUCUUCCGGCACUACGAAAACAACCACCACUAAAGUUCCUGUAACAUCGACAACCUCCACCGCCGCUGUAGUUACAACGACUACUUCCGGUACAUUUGUCUGUCAAUCAACUGGCUAUUUCAGAGACCCUGUUAACUGUAAUAAGUACUACUAUUGCUCUGGUUCAUACCGCUAUGAUUUCAAUUGUCCUGGCGUCUUGUUUUUCAACACGCAAUAUAAUUAUUGUGAUUAUCCUUAUAAUGUUCCGUGCCCAUAAUGAAACAUGGCAGAACAGAAAACAAGUAAUCAAUACGACGUCGAUUACAUAGCAACAGAAAAAAAAACUGUUUCAACACCCAUUGUGACACUCUAUAUAAGUUCGUCCUUACUGAUAUGAGACUCACAAUAAAACAAAUCAACAUCAACUAA